UCAAGCUAAAACCCUUGGACUCUUCAGCCGCAAAAAACCCAAAUAGCAAUCGGGGCUCUUCGUUCUCUCGCCUCCACCAGAGGAAAGAAACCCCUUUUCCGCCUUGCAGAGGCGGAAGAAGAAGAAGCCCUAACCUUUCUUCUUCGCUUUGACGUUUCGUAUCAGAUCACAUUCUCGCCUCCGAAACUUUCCGAUCAGCGGAAGCAUGGGAUUAGCGAUGAGCUACGCCGCCGCACCACCACCGCCGCCUCCAACCCAUUCUCAGACUCCCGUGGGACUUGGUGUGGUGCUGCCCCCUAAGACAGAAGAGAAGGUCAUAAAGAAAGUCGACUUUCGGAAUCUACCAUGUCCACUUCCAUUCGAGGAGAUUCAGCGGGAAGCGUUGAUGUCCCUGAAGCCAGAAUUGUUUGAAGGAUUGAGGUUUGACUUCACAAAAGGCCUCAAUCAAAAAUUUUCUCUAAGCCACAGCGUGUUUAUGGGGUCAAUGGAAGUUCCUUCACAAUCUACUGACACUAUAAAAGUCCCUACUGCACAUUAUGAAUUUGGUGCCAACUUUCUGGACCCUAAGUUGAUGCUAGUUGGAAGAGUACUUACUGAUGGUAGACUGAAUGCACGAGUUAAGUGUGACUUGACAGACAAUCUAACUUUGAAGGUCAAUGCCCAGCUUACAAAUGAACCACAUUUUUCCCAGGGGAUGUUUAAUUUUGACUAUAAGGGUUCAGAUUUCCGGACUCAAUUUCAAAUUGGAAACAAUGCCUUUUAUGGUGGCAACUAUAUACAGAGCGUUACUCCAAAUUUAUCACUAGGUGGUGAAGUCUUUUGGCUUGGUCAUCAGAGGAAGUCUGGCAUUGGUUUUGCUGCUCGCUACAACACAGAUAAAAUGGUUGCAACUGGGCAAGUUGCAAGCACCGGAGUUGUGGCGCUAAGUUAUGUCCAGAAAGUAUCUGAGAAGGUUUCCUUUGCAUCGGACCUCAUGUACAAUCAGAUGACCAGAGAUGUAACAGCUAGUUUUGGUUAUGAUUACAUUCUCAGACAGUGUCGUCUAAGGGGCAAAAUUGAUUCAAACGGCGUCGUGUCCUCAUUUCUGGAAGAAAGGCUGAACAUGGGUGUAAACUUCAUUCUUUCUGCAGAGGUCGAUCACAGAAAGAAAGACUACAAGUUUGGUUUUGGUAUGACCGUUGGAGAGUGAAUUUAAAAAACAGGCAUUUGUUCUUUGAAAAAACCAGCGUUUCUGUGCCUCUUAGACACCUACAGAUCAUCAUCAACUCAGCCAGCUCUGUUGAUUACUUCACCUGUAGACUUUCCGGCAAUCUUUUUAUUGUUUGUGCUUUAAGAAAAAUCACAGAUUGAACUCAUCAGAUUUGAGAUUAGAGCUCUCGGCGGCCAUCUGAUAUCAUUAGGAUGAACCAAUUUUUCUUUCAUCAAAUGGUUAUUAUUUUUUGGACAAUUGUAGAGAUUUUGUUCUGCUCUUCAAUUGAAGGGUAGCCUUUAUGAAACUAGUCGACUUUAGCUUAUUC